GCCGAUAAAUUAGUCAAUGAUCUCUGCAAGGCUGUUGAACUUAAACGCUCCCUCCAAUCUCAAGAUCAAAUGAGGGAGAUUAAUGUUCAAAAAGAGGCUCUAGAACCUAAGAUCAACCCUGAACCCAUCGACCAACAGGUUCCAGUUCUAGAAGAUUCACCCAGACCAGCACUACCACAGAAACCCGAGAGCAUAACAACUCUCGCUAGGGCUACUGUGGUGAUGUUACCUGAAUACCCUUCUAGCCAAGUCCUAACCAGCAUAGUCGUACAUGAGGUGGAACCAACUGAGGGACCUGACUCAGAACCACCUAUGCUUAUUCAAGAAAAGGAGGAGGAAGUUUUGCUUACGGCAAUAAACGACCAUCUCCUUAAUUGUGCUGAAGACACACCUCCAAAGGAACCUGUUUUGGAGGAGAUAGAGCCCAUUACCUGCCCCCAAGAUUCCAAUAUCCAAGAGUCUGAGGAGGAAUCUGUUGACGAGGAAAUAUUGUGCAUGGAAAACCCAACUUCGUCUAUAGAAACCUGUGCAAAUAAUGCUUCACCAGUAUAUUCAGACCAAACUUUAUUUGACUCCUUACAUGACGGGUGUAACCCGGUUUGCCCGGAGGAUAGUCGGAGCCAAAAGAGUUGGGAUGAACUUCUGGUAAGUGACGCUGAAGACUCAUCCAUGGGGGAAAGCACGGUCGUAAUCAUCAAACCACAAAUGGAUAGUCAGCCUAUUGAAGAUAAGGAAGGAAUCAAUUUCACAGUCAAAGCUAAUGAUGUGGAUCAACUGAGGAGACUUCCGCCACCACCCACCUAUCUAGAGUCUCCUCCUUUUAUCCUGUUGCCGCCAAACCGCAGGGACGAGUCAAGGAUCCUGGACCUUGACCGAGCAAAGAUUCAAACAAGGCGGCAUCAGAAGAGAGUCAGAAGGGCCAAACUUUAUGACUCUCGGAUCGGAAAGUCGCGGAAAAAGUGGAUGCCUCAUCGUCCUUCUUACCCUACUGUGGACCGUAAUGAGGUCCAACUGAUUGAUGCUGCUUCUAGGACGAGGUUCGAUGAGUGGGGACACUCACGGGUGUUACACGAGUCGGUGUGUCUGGCUCAGGAUACACUGACGGACUAUGGCUAUGCAGAGGAGAUGGAGGAGCUGCUUGAGGGGACCAGAUGGCAGCGCCUGCUUAAGAUGAGGGCAGAGUCUAGCCUACCACUGACCAUCGAGUUCUUAUGCUCGAUAUCUGCUGUCCCGGAGAUUGAGUCACGACAGAUGACGCAUAGUUUGAUCACUGCUGAUACCACGUUUGCCUUCACUCUUGCGGGCCAGUCGUUUCAGUUGACAGUGAGAGAGAUGGCUAUUCGUCUCGGGAUCUACACCCAAGAGGAGACCGAGCAGCCUGAGUUCUACGACGAUCCCUUCUGUCUUCCUGCAGAUUUUGAUGCUAUAGCUUUUUGGAGGGAGCACUCAUCUGACGACAAGGAGUUUGUGAAUAAGAAGAGCAAGGCUCGAUACUGGAUUUGGUUCAGCUGGAGGAUCCUAUCUUUUGUUCUUUCGACAUCCUUCUUUGGGAGGCCGUCGAACACAGAUAGGGUCUACGAGGAGGAUAUGUUUGUCUUCUGGAGCUUGCACCACUGCCAGCCGGCGAACGUGGCUGUGUACCUGGCCAGAUUCUUAUACUCCCAGUCCUACGGGUGUAGAACGCACUUGGUUUGUGGGUUUGUGAUUACUUUGCUCUUUCGCUCCCUCGUGGGGGAUGCACCCAUCCCACGGCCUGUGCAGUUGAUGAGGGAUUUAGAUGCCGGCAUGCUCCGGAAUGCUCACAUCCACCGGAGACUCUUUCCUAGCUCUUCCGAGAGCACUACGGCCUCUACUGGCCGCACUUCACAUGAGAUUGGAGAGUCAUCCGGUCAGUCAGAGAGAUCGUCUCAGCGCCUUCCUCGUCGACGACCUACCAGAGCACAGUUGGCUCGCGCUCAGACGGAGGUAGCACCGGCAUGGGCCCAGCAGCUCUUACAGAACCAGAACACACUUAUGCAGUCCGUUGCGGCACUCCAGCAGCAGGUGCAUGGUUUAGACAGGAUACUUUUAAGAAAAGGUCAUAAAUUAAAGAAGAAGAUAAUACCUGAUGGGUUAGGCGAAGUUGCUCGAUAGAUGCACCAUGACUAAUGAACCGGCGCAAACUUGUCAAAAUGCGUCCAAAAUUGAAUCUGGAAUGUUUCUUCUUCGUACUGGCUCAUUCGUGCACAAUGGGUUUGGCUAAUUCUGAGGGUCGACCGAUGGGUUCCGGAAGCUGCUCACCGGAAUCGAUGCUUGACGGGCCGGUUUCUUGAACUUCUCCGG